GAUAGCCCCUUUUAUAAACUGUGAUAGAACCUCUUCUUCUCUUGCAAUCCACACACACAACGACGCGAUACACCGCUCUUCUUCUCUCCCUCCCACUUUAUAAGGUUCACAAUACCAAAACCAAAACCAAAACCAAAAUCAGAUAGAGAGAGAGAGAGUGAGAGAGAGAGAUGGGUUUGCAAAACCAGUUAAACGACGUAUCUUCGGGUUCAAUUCCGUUACUUGUGUUGGCGCACAUCGCCACCUGCGUCAACUACCUCCGCUCCUUGCUCUUCGCACUUCUCCAAUCACUCGGUCUCUCCAGAUUCCACACCGACCAGAUCGUCGACGACCGCUUCUUCGCCGCCGUCGGAUCCGGCCUCGCCGGCCUUAUCAUGCUCUCCGAUCAGCUCGCCCUCAACAAUCAAUUUUUCUAUAAUCACGAUGGCGCCGCCGACGAUGACUGCGUGGUGUGCCAGACCACCUUCAAGUACGGGGACCAGGUUCGCAUGCUGCCGUGCCGCCACGUCUUCCACCGACGGUGUUUCGACGGUUGGCUCCACCACUACAAGUUCAACUGUCCUCUCUGCCGCUCGCCACUACUCUCCGAAGAGCGCGUGGCUCUCGCGGAGCGCCGCGUUGGUCGCGAACUCCUCUCCUGGUUCUCACCGCAGUGAUGCGGCGUCGUUUCCUCCCUCAGAAUGACUCUAUUGUCCAAUCUUCUUUCAUUACCCUCAAUUUUACCCCCUUUUCGCGGUGGGUUUUCAUUUUUACUGAGUUGGUGCCCGUUUUCAUUUAGUAUCUUUUUUUUUUUUUAAUUUACUAAUAUUAGGUUUUUAUUUUUUUUUAAUAGGGUACUAGAUUUCUUUUCUUUCUUUUUCUUUUUUUUUUUCCUUUUUGUUACAGUAUUUAAGUAUUUUUGCUGAAGAGAUUUUUUUGAAGGGCUCUUCUCCUGUCUGGGAAUGCUCUUUGAGCUGCUGUAAAUUUUGGACUCCUUUGUGUUUAUGAGCAAUAAUUGGAGACAUUGGUAGUCUUUUGCAAAAUUUCAUACAAGGAUAAUGUUUCU